ACAAGAAAGGGAGAGACCUUUAUAUUACAUUGAUGCAGCUGGAGUGGAAACAGAGAAAUGGGUCCAUUGUCCUCUACACAAAUUCAAAACCUUUUCAUCUGUAAUUAGGACACUAUCCGGGACUGUCGCUCCUUUCGCCGUUGUCCCCCUUCUUACCAUCCUUCUCUCUCUCUCCCCUCAAGAAAGGCUACUGUGUGGUUUUUUGUGUUUCCUGAACAUGGAAGAUCAAUACGGGAUGGCAGAUCUAAGGCAGUACAUCAGUGGGGGGGCUUUCUUUCCGGCCACACCUCGGCCGCCGGAAUUCAUAUCUACCAACCCCUACGAUAUGCUCAUGUUUCGCUCAGAUUCUACUGCUAGUGUAACUACAGCUAAUACUGGAGGUGCUGCAUCCAGUAGCGUCGCCGCUGGUGGCCAUUUAAUUAGUUUCGAGAUGGAUGCUGGUAGUGGGGGAGGCGGCGGAGACGGUGGUACGGGGAGGUGGCCUAGGCAAGAAACACUUACUCUUCUUGAGAUCAGAUCAAGGCUUAACCCCAAAUUCAAGGAGGCCAAUCAGAAGGGUCCCUUGUGGGAUGAAGUCUCAAGGAUAAUGUCUGAGGAACAUGGAUAUCAGAGGAGCGGCAAGAAAUGCAGGGAGAAGUUUGAGAACUUGUACAAGUAUUACAAGAAGACCAAAGAAGGCAAGGCCGGGAGGCAAGAUGGCAAACAUUACAGGUUCUUCAGACAACUUGAAGCUCUCUAUGCUCAUAAUCAAGAACCCUAUCCGGGUCUGAAGCUGUCGGACACCAGUCUCUCAAAUUCUUCUGAUGCGUAUGCAACAAAUUCAUCGGAUGAUAGUGAUCUCAAUGUAGAGAAGAAAAGAAGGGGGAAAAGGAGCUUGAAAGGUAAGAUUAGAGGCUUCAUUGAUGCACAAAUGAGUAAACUGAUGGAGAAACAGGAGGCAUGGAUGGAGAAAAUGAUGAGUAUUAUUGAGCACAAGGAGCAGGAGAGGAUGUUAAGGGAGGAAGAAUGGAGGAAACAAGAUUCUGCGAGGAUAGAGAGAGAGCAGAAGCUGUGGGCUAGUGAGAGAGCCUGGAUUGAAGCGAGGGAUGCUGCUUUGAUGGAAGCUUUCCACAGAUUGUCCGGGAAAGAAAUAAGGGUGGUGAGCGAAAACCAGAACGUCUGUGGGAACAAGGCCAUGAACCAGAAUUACUUGAGAGGCGAUAUAUGGCCGGAAAGCGAGAUUGCAAGAUUGAUCCAAUUGAGAACCGCAAUGGAAGUAAAGUUCCAAGAACGUGGGGUCUCAGAAGAGAUGCUGUGGGAGGAAAUAGCCAACAAAAUGGCUUGUCUCGGACAUGAAAGGAGUGGCUUCAUGUGCAAAGAAAAGUGGGAUAGUGUCAGUAGUUAUCUACUCAAGUGCAGCAAGAAGAGAAAGGAGAACUCAAGAAGCUGCACAUAUUAUCAUCCGAAUCAUGAAUCUGGUUGUGAUCAAGGAGGAGUGCCCUACUGCAAUGAACAAGGGAUCGAGCCCACAAUAAGGCUAAAUGACGGUGGCAAUACGCCGGCUAACAACAAUGCAGGCAAUGCCAUGAAUGAGAGCUGCUUCAGGUACUUCUUUGGUGAUCCCUAUGGAAGAAUUAUGAACUAAAAUUGAGCAAAGAUGGUCAGAAUGUUUAUGAGAUUUAAUUAGGAGAAUUAAUUAAUACUGUAUGAUGACUUAGAUGAGAAUUGGGCAUGCAAGCAACUGACUUGUGAUCUUGGAGCUGAAAAUUUGACUAUGUUUGGUAGUUAUUUGUGGGGUGAAAUCAGGGAUUUGAAGUAGCUAGAGCUGCUAAUUGUUGUUGCAUUAGCUUCCUGUGUUGAUUUCUUCUGGUGGGAAGGUCUCGUUUGCUCCUGUAUGUAGCUUGUACCAUGUGGUAAUAACUACAAAACUUUUGUC